UUUAUGUAGUAUUGACUGUUUCCCCUGGAAAUUGCACUUGUGCUCUGUCUCAAACGCUGUACCAAAAUUAAAAAGUACAAUUUCUUCAGGGUGAGAGUGGCAUUUCAGCCAAGAGUCUCUUCUGCCCUGUGGGUGUAGAUAGGCAAUUAAUGGCGCAGUAGGCUUUUCUCAAAGAACCUGACACAAAAACACACACAAUACAAAGCACUGAAACAGCCCACCCCCACCUGCCCUGUGUGAGGUUCCUGCAGGUUAAGCUAUAUGCAGGCAUGCCCACCAAAAAGGGGCCAUCAGAUGUGUGAAUGCCUCCCCACAAUCCUUUGCACAUUUGCAUUCCAAAAGCUCCUGUAGCUGAUUGGCUGGGUUUGAAUUCAGGAAGCUGUGAAUGUUUCGGACAGAGGCAUGUGGAGGGAGAUCACUGACUGAACUCACAUUUUCAUGGUGCACUGUGGAGUAGUUUUGAAGUAUACUCCUAUACAAUUCAACAACAGUGUAAUGCUGUGGUUGGUUUCUUUGUAGCCUAUUUAUAUACAUCUUCACUUCCACUAUCUGUGCACUGAAAGGACUGGAUUUCACUUGCAAAACAGAACUGAUGUCAGGAUUUAAAAAACCAUCAGAACUGCUGAUGUCAGUGAAGAAGGAGAUAAAAGAAGAAGAGUUUGAUGAUUUUCUACAAGAGUAUCUUUUCAGAGCACAGACAGCAGACAAGAAACCUGAACAUGAGCAUAAGAGUGAACUAUCCACACCAUCAACAUUCACCUGCAAAGAGGGACAGGACCCACCAAUGGAAAGUGAAGAGCAAGAGGAAUCUGAUUUAAGAGGACUUCAUGAUGACUCUUCUCCUACAAGGGACGUUCAAAGGAUCCAGUCUGGCAGAAGCGGGAACACUGAGGACAAAAAGAAGAAAAGGGGACGUCCCAAAUGCUCCCAGGGCCAGAAAACCUCAGGCCAGAAAUCGCGGCAGCCAUCGCACACCAGGGAGAAACCGCAUAACUGCCCCCAAUGUUCCAAAACAUUUGCUCUACCCUCCGCUCUUAGAGCUCAUCAACAAAUCCACACAGAUGAAAAGCCCUUUCAGUGCAACAUAUGUGGGAAAUGUUUUAAGAGAGACUCACACGUGGAACAGCAUCAGCUCACCCACACUGGAGAGAAGCCACACAAGUGUUCUUAUUGCGGGAAGGCCUUCAGUCAAGUCCCCAAUCUCAACAGACACGAGCGGACCCAUACCGGGGAAAAGCCGUAUCAGUGCACGGUGUGUGGGAAGGGUUUCGCGUGUAGUGGGGACUUGGGCAAACAUCGGCUCACGCAUAAAAAAACCAGUGCAGUAUAUGUGGGGAGAGCUUCAAGUUCAGCAGAAGUCUCGCCAUCCACGAGGUCACUCAUACAGGCGAGAAGCGAUUUCACUGUUCUCAGUGCGGAGCGGGCUUUGAUCGGAAGUAUCUUCUCACGAGGCACCAGUGGAUCCACGAUGGCAAUCAUCCAUUUACGUGUGCUACAUGUGGGAAGAGAUGCAGGCACAAAAUAGAGCUCAUUGCCCAUGAGGUCAAACAUAUUGGCGUGAGCCUUUUCCAAUGCUCAACCUGUGGGAAGGGUUUCAGCAGAAACUCUGACCUCAUGGUUCAUCAGAGGAUCCAUACGGGAGAGCGGCCGUACCCGUGUACUACAUGUGGGAAGAGUUUCAGGUGUAGCUCUGGCCUCCUAACUCAUCAGUUGACACACACAGGAGAGAAGCCAUUUCAGUGUCAUCACUGUGGAAAGACGUUUACUCAAAUGGGUAAUCUCAACACACACCAGAAAAGGCAUAUGAGAGACAGGACCAAUCCACAGCGGUCACGUAUGAAGAGGUUCCCUUCACCCUAAAAUAGUCUGAAUGUACUGCAGAUAACUUUGCUCUUUUCACAUUUAAACUUCUGAAAUUAAAUAUUCUAACAGAGAAGAUGCUCUACUGUCUCCCAAUGUUAAAGUAAACUAACAAAAACUGUUGAACAGGGGUAAAUAAAUGCCUGGGAUUCUCUUCUCUUGGGUCAACACAUUAUCUGAUCUUCUUAUGUAUUCAGACUGCAGUGGUAUGUAGUGGUUGACUGGGACAGUGUUUCAUGGUUAGAUGAAAUUAAAGUUAAAAAUGGUUUGGCAUACCUAGAAUGUUCUUGUAGUAAUGUAAUUUAAACACUGAUAAAAGGAAUACAAGGUCCAAAAUGUUUCGGUGUUAUUCCAAAUGUAACAGAUAUAACAUGUAAGAAAUAAUGUGUAAAUGUGCCAUUUAUAAUUUUCAAUUGAUUUUGAAUCAUCUUAAAGGAGAAUUCUGGAGAUUUUUCACAUAGAUCUCUGUUUCUCUGCUACACUCUGGGGGCAUGAACAUGGGGGCUCAUGAAUAUGCUCCCAGAGUGUAGCGCUGUAGCUGCCUAGCUACUUUAGCUGUAGGCA